AUGGCCUCGCAUGUGCAAGUUUUCUCUCCUCACAGCCUUCAGUCAAGUGCCUUCUGUAGCGUGAAGAAACGGAAAGUGGAGCCGAGUCCUAAAUGGGAUGUGACCUACCAAAAAUGUGGACUUAAGCGCAAGAGUGAGGAGAUCAAGAAGACAAGCAGCGUGCAGAUCAGCGAAGAGCAUCUACCAGAGAUUGAGAACAAUGCCAGUGGAGCCACUGUAGCCACUGCCAAAAACAGUGGCUCCAACAGUGAAGGGGAUUACCAGCUGGUGCAACAUGAGGUGCUCUGUUCCAUGACCAACACGUACCAAGUGUUAGAGUUUCUUGGCCGUGGAACCUUCGGACAAGUAGUGAGGUGCUGGAAACGUGGCACUAAUGACAUUGUGGCCAUCAAGAUCCUAAAGAGCCAUCCUGUCUGUGCGCGGCAAGGCCAGAUUGAAGCGAGCAUCCUGGCUCGUCUGAGCAGAGAAAGUCCGGAUGACUACAACUUUGUCCGUGUGUACGAGUGCUUCCAGCACAAGAAUCACAUGUGCUUGGUCUUUGAAGCGUUGGAGCAGAGCCUCUGUGAUUUCAUGAAGCAAAACAAGUUCAGUCCGUUGCCCCUUAAGUACAUUUGACCAAUUCUCCAGCAGGUGGCAACUGCCCUAAUGAAGCUGAAAAGUUUGGGACUCAUUCACGCUGAUCUCAAACCGGAGAACAUCAUGUUGGUAGACCCAGCCCGACAGCCAUAUAGGGUCAAGGUCAUAGACUUCGGUUUAGCCAGGCAUGUGUCUGAAGCUGUGUGUCCUAGCUACAUUCAAACCAGAUACUACAGGUAA